UGGUAAAAAGCGACCGACGUAUAAGGAAACGCACGACAUGAAGAAGAGAAAUAUUUAAGAAUUUAGAGGGACCAGUAAUUGUUUCAGCAUUGAGCUGCGAUAUAAGUAAAUACUUAAAAGUUAGAUUGUAUGCCAAGUGACGUUAUCUUAGCUGAUACAAACAUGUCCGUCACUAGCUUUUCCUAAGACAUGGACAGGAAAGCUAGAGCCAUGGUUGCAACUUACAGCAACGAUUCAAACACCAGUGCGACACCACCUAAAGCAGCGCAAGCGUCAACUCCGAUUGUAGUUGGACUUACUUUCCCACUUCCUCUGGACAUCCUGGAGGAAAUCUUCCUGCAUCUUCCCCACCAUCAGGUGGUGUUGACGUGUCGGUUAGUGUGCCAUCAGUGGAAACAAGUGGCUGACAGUGACUUUUUCUGGAGAGAAAGGUGCAGAAGAGAAGGAUAUCACCUCAGAGAUGCUUCCAAAACACCUGAUGACUGGAGGUUGUUUUAUUUCUUGUGCAAGACGAGAAGAAAUCUCAUUCAGAAUCCAAGAGGGGAAAAUAAAAUGAAGGGUUGGAAAAUCAUGGAGAAUGGAGGUGAUAAGUGGGCAGUACACUUACCAAGAGUGCCACAUCCAAAUGAGGCAAUUAAGACAAAUUUUGUGACCUCGUAUUUGUAUGCACCUCGUACGGACUGUGGCUGUGAAUAUAUGAUCUUUGUGCAGCUGCUGAAUCAAGACAAGAAGGUUGUUGCUGAAUUUACUCCUGAUACUGUUUACUUUCCUCAGUGGAAUGAUGAGCGAUGGCAUCAGAUGACUCAUGUUUUCAAGGAUUAUGGACCAGGAGUCAGAUACAUCCAUUUUGUCCAUGGUGGCAAAGAUACACAGUUCUGGGCAGGAUGGUAUGGCAUUCGUUUAACAGAGAGCUGUGUUGAAGUAUGCCCUGCAGAUGACUGAUGGUAACACUGUGAUAGAUGACAGAUUUAAAUACCUUACAUUCCCUGAUAAAAAAAUCACCUCAGGUUAUUGGCCUGCAAAGCCCCUUUUUUCAUCAGAACCACCCUGACCAGUUACAGGAUGAAUAAAUGGCCUUUCUGGUCUUAUUUGUGACUUUAUUAACAUUGCCUGUUGAUAAAUGUUUCAUUGUAAGUCUAAGUGUCUGUCAGUCAAGCUUGAAAUCCCUUUGAAUUCUUUUAAAGCUUUAUUGAUGAUUUCAAGCAUCA